CCUGGUACCCCUCCAGGAAGAACUGGAGACAAGUCCACUUCCAUUUGAUGCAGAGGACUUUGCCAAAAUGCCUCAGGUGCCCUGUGUCACUUGUGGUAUAACAAUGCCUCUUCAGAUGCUGGCGUUACAUGCUGGGUCUUGCAGAAAAAAUAAAAAAAGUCGGACUGAUCAGACUGAACCUAUAGAGGUUGAUGAGGAUGACUGUGACACAUUGGAGGAGCCAGAAGACACAAUUGAAGAUUUGGAAGAAAGAGAGUGCUGCCCUAUCUGCCAGAGGGAUUUCUUGAAGUAUGUGCUUCCUUAUCAUGCCUGUGACAGGAGGGAGGGAGUAUUGGAAAUACACCAAGAUAUGCCAGGACCAUCAUCAACAACUUCAGGAACUUCUUAUUCUGCAGAACCUAGAAGUACUGAAGAAUGGAAAACAGUUGGAGAUCCACAGAAGGCUGUUGAGCUGUUUGUCAGACAACUGAAGCAAGUAGGAGUUAACCAGAGGACACUUGUUCUCACUCUGGAUGCGAUGGACACUGAUGAGGAGCGAGAUAUGUCUCUCAUUUCAUUUUACAAGCACAGGCGUGAGAUAAUCCACUGGGCAGCUCCUUUUCAUUGUUGCAUUCAAGGUAAUGCUGCAGUUGGUAGAGGCGUGACAAGACACAUCAUCUCGUCUGCCAUUUCCAAGCUGAAACAAGGAUUUAAAAUGAACUUCGGAAAUGCUGCAGUGACUGCAAUGUUUGAAGGGGAAACUGAUCACCUUGUACCAACUACUUCAGCAGUGCUUGCUGAGAGCGAGUCAUGGCUGGUCGGCUGAUUGGCCACUCUUUAAUUAAUGGAGGUCCAACCUUGUUGGGCAUCAGCUUGGCAGUAGUGCAUGCCUUAACAAGUGGUUCAAAGGAGUUGGCGACAACAUACCUUUCCCUAGAAGACUGCCGAGAUAUUGACCACAGAGAGAUCAUUGGUUUCAUAACUGCUGAAAGAAGAGAUGACUGAGGAAGAGACUUCAAGAUUGUCCAAUCUGUGUAUGGAGUGGUAUUUUUCUGUGCCAACCAAGGAGACAAACAAACUUCUCCUCUUACAGCAGCUCCUCACCCAUGCUGCCAUCACUCGACUUAGUGUGCAAUAAAGCACCUGAAAAGGGGACUUAAAGAAACUAAUUCAGGUCUGGAUGGCCACUAAUUACAUCCAGACCUGAUGUUGUGCCCCUCCUCUUCCCGAGGGAAAGUGACGUGGAAAUCACACCCCAGAUGGUCCUGCAGUCAACCGUUUGGCCGCACCUAAAAAAAAGGUAUGACAGUGACGACAGCGACAAUGACUUGGAGGCGGAAACUGCACUGGUGGCUGGGUUAUUCCGUCAGUUUGUCAAAGAAGCGUCUUCAGACAAACUGCGCGAGCUCCUGAGGUUUUGGGUUGGCUGGGAGGUCCCUUGCCAAGAGCUGAAGCUUGAAGUUGUCCUGUCAACUGGACCUAACCAUAUGCCAACGUCUUCAACCUGUAGUAAGCGAUUACGGCUACCAAGUCACUACACCACCUACCAGGCCCUGUCAGCCGACAUGAAUGUGUGUCUGAAAUUAGUAGAGACAGGCUUUGGUCUUAUUUGAUAACUAUGUAUUGAUGUUUCAUUUGUUGAAAAAUUGCAGUUCGACAUGGCAAUUCAGUUAAAAUAGAAAGUAAUUUUAUUAUUAGCCUUGCUUUUUUUUUUUUUUUUU